AUGCAGCCCCUCCACGCCCUCACCAUACUUUGCUCACUAUGCCAGUUUCCAGCACUGAUCUCAGCAGAAAAUACAAAUAGCUCGGUGAAUUUAGAAUCCAAAGAGGCUGGGACUUCUCCGUCUUUGCCAGCAAACCUCAUCCUCCAGCGCAAUGCCGCUAUAAAAUCCCAGCUCGCAGCAGGACCAGCCCUCGGCGUGAAGAAAAUGAGCGAAGACGAAGGCGAGAAAUUCUUCCUCGACUACUGGAGUUUUGGGGAUGCCUUUUCGUCUCGUAACAUAUCUGAGCGACACCUCUCCGAUGAAGAUGGACUUUCCCCAGCACGCUUUGUGGCCCAAUCAUACCCAUUCGGGCCAUCUUAUUCCUUGGACAUAGAUGGAGAAAGUCAGUUCCUUCCCUGGGAAAACAAUGGCAGCGCAAAUAAUCUGUUCAAGAAACGAGACUUCAAGUGCCCGACUGGGACAACGGCGUGCGUAUCCAUCGGUCGAUCCGAUCGCUGUUGUGCAUACAUCACUAUUAUUACGGUGUCUGUUCACUCAACCGUGGUGUUAUCUACUGUGACCUACUCGACCAAACCACAGGAUACUUCUUCCACUUCCACUUCCCGCUCUUCUUCGACGACUUCUCCCCAUAGUAGCAUGUCCACAACAAACGAUGGCUUGGCACCGCCAGCACGGCCUACGAACCUCUCAACAGUAACCAGUGCUACCCGCGGCAGCGAUGUCUGCCCAACUGGCUUCUACGCCUGCUCGGCCGUCUACCAAGGUGGCUGCUGCCGCACCGGAAGAGUCUGUGAUACAACCUCGUGCCCGACCACAUCUUCGACGACCAUAAUAUCAGAUGGUGUGACAAUUGAAGCGCCCGUCGCGACAACAACGCAACACUCUGGUGGAAACCGGUGUGCUCAAGGCUGGUUUCAUUGUGCUGACACCGUGGGCGGAGGAUGCUGUCCCACGGGAUUCGCCUGUGGUGCUAGCUGUACUGCAAGGGACAUUACGUUUGGGACGACUCUCGCUAAGGAACAAGCGACUGCGACUAGCAGUGAUGGUGUGAUGUGCCGAGCGGAGUCUUACCGGCUGCUGCACUCGGACCUGAUCACCGAAUCUCGCCGACACCGGAAACCUCCGCUUUUCUCACUUCUUCUUUCUCCAACCCUCGUUCUUUUCAAAUAUUCCGCCAUCAUGUCCGAAACUCCCCAGGCACCCCUCCCCUUCGUCUACCAGUUCGCCGCCGGUGCGGUGGCUGGUGUCUCAGAGAUCCUGAUCAUGUACCCUCUGGAUGUGCUUAAGACUCGAAUUCAGCUCCAGACCGGACCCCCUGUUCCUGGUGUCGAUCACUACAGUGGCAUGUUCGACUGCUUCCGCAAGAUUGUUAAGAACGAGGGUGCUUCCCGUCUAUACCGUGGUAUCUCCGCGCCCAUCCUGAUGGAGGCACCUAAGCGUGCGACCAAGUUCGCCGCCAACGACAGCUGGGGCGCUUUCUACCGCAACCUGUUCGGUGUCGAUAAGCAGACCCAAGGCCUGGCCACUUUGACCGGAGCCACAGCCGGAGCGACUGAAGCCUUCGUGGUGGUUCCUUUCGAGCUGGUGAAGAUCCGUCUGCAGGAUAAGGCCCAGGCCCACAAGUACAACGGCAUGUUCGACGUUGUGAAGAAGAUCGUGGCCGCAGAAGGCCCGCUGGCAAUGUACAACGGCCUUGAGUCGACCAUGUGGCGCCACGUUCUGUGGAACGCAGGUUACUUCGGGUGUAUCUUCCAGGUUCGCGCACAGCUGCCUACCGUCGAGCCCGGCAACAAGAACCAGCAGACCCGCAACGACUUGAUCGCUGGUAGCGUUGGUGGUAUCACCGGUACUAUCCUCAACACCCCCAUGGACGUCGUCAAGUCUCGCAUCCAGAACACCUCCAAGGUUCCCGGUCAGGUCGCCAAGUACAACUGGGCCUGGCCCGCUCUGGGCACAGUGAUGAAGGAGGAGGGCUUCGCUGCCCUAUACAAGGGCUUCACACCUAAGGUGCUGCGUCUCGGCCCUGGCGGUGGUAUUCUGCUUGUUGUCUACACCGGUGUCAUGGAUUUCUUCCGCAACAUGCGCGAUCAAAAGUAA